GUCAUGUGCAGCGAGAUAUCCAGCACUUUGUUCAUAACUGUGCCAGUGAAUAUCACAACUGUCCUCAACUUCCCGCAUUCCCUGGUGUCCACAUCGAAGGAAUGUUCAUGCGCUGCCCUAGCGGUCAGCUACAGCUCCUUGCUCUACUGCUUCCUGGGCCUCGAGUGCCUGUUGGUGACUGGACAGCUGAACCACGUGCGAGGUCCGCAGACGGGCUCCUGGCAUUGCAAAACUCCUGCCGCUUCCUACACCGACGGCUGCACCCUCGACAACGGCACCAGCAUCAGCCUGUACACCACGCACCAGAGGUUCUGUCCCGACGACCUGAUCUGCUCGCCUACAGGACUAAUCCAGGGUGAGUACAGGACUAAAGAGGGUGAGUACAGGACUAAUAGAGGGGUCCACAACUUCAACGCUUAA